ACGUCACUACGUGAGUCCGCCAUUGUGGCUCCAAAGAAGCAUUUGGCGCCGAAUCCCGACAUCGUCAACUCCAACUAUCUUGAAUUGAGCUGAAAAGACCCUGCGUUGUGUCGGCAAACAUUACAGACCUUUGCGCCAAAAUGAGUGAUUCUGAAGCGGGUGGAGGCCUGAUCCAGGAGCCGCUGAAGAACAAACUAAGAAGGCUGCAACAAGGAAAGUGCACCGUGGAAGACGACAUCAAUGCCAAUAAUACGAUCUUCGAGUCCCUGCUGAAGGAGUUGGACACAUUGCAAACACAAUCUUUCCAACUAGAAAUAACUCAUCAAGAAAAACAAGAGUUGUGCCAGAAGCUGCAGUUCCAGUGCAAAGAAUCUGAGCAGGAGUCUGUCAGACUUGCCGAGGAGAUCAAGAAACGUGAAGAGCUUCUAGCACAGCUCAGAUGUGAAAUCCAGGAUCUCAAGCUCAAGCAGCGGAAGCAACGGAUGGAGUUUGAGAAUCAUCUUCAUCAGCUGAUGGAGCAGCACAAGAAGCUGUACUUUGUCAUUAAAGAAUCGCAGCCCAAAGAGUGAGUGCACAGGUGUGCUGUACGUACGCUACAAUUCUUUACACACACACACUGCUUACUACCGUUCUUCUUCCGCCAAGACUCUUGAGUCAUGCUCCGUCAUCCUUGCUCAUUUAUUGAACAAUAAUGCCUUGCUUUUCCUCGUUCGACAGCUUUUGUGUUGAUGACAUUUGUGAAAGCGUAGUAACGUAACUAUUAAUAUUGUCCUUGUUUGAGUUGUCAACUACUAAGAGUACGGUCAAAUGUUUUAAUAAAGUACCAAGUGUGUUUACUUGAAGCACA